AUGGCGGCCCUAGACGACCCCAGCUCCUAUGGAGGGCCGCUGAAGGAGAUCGUGUACGAGAAUACGUACAUCACUGGCCCGAACGGCUAUGGCCCACGCGCGCAGUUCCGCGUCGCCGACGUGCAGGCCAUCCUGCGCGCUGUUUUGCGGGAGAGAAUGGAGAAGCAGCAGUAUGACCCCGUCAAGGCUGCCCACAUAUCCAAGCACAUCGCAGAGGACCUGCGCGAGAAGGUCAAGGCGCUCGGCUGCGAGCGCCACAAGCUGGUGAUCCAGGUCACGCUUGGGCAGAAGGCAGGCCAGGCGACACGCAUCGCAUCGCGCUGCCUGUGGGACACCAGCACUGACGGGUUUGCGUCGGAGCACUACGAGAACGAGACAAUGUACUGUGUCUGCCAGGUGUUUGCGGUCUACUUCGAGUGA